AUGGAGGAAGAGAGAGAUGACCUCGCCGCGAUGAUGAGCAUGAUGGAGGACGCCUCUGAACAGAGUAUGAAAAUGUCCUUCUUCGAUGACGGGCAGUCGAUGGAGUCCAAGAGGGAGAGGGAUAAGGAGGAUGAGGAGGACCCCCCAGGUGCCAGUAAUGAAGAAAUAAAGAACCAACCUAAACUACACCAUGUGACCAUUAACAAUGAGGACGAAGCAGUUAUGUCCGUAGAUCUGAGGAAGAAAAAAAGGAUGAAUUCUGACGAUGUAUACUACUCUAUUAAGCUGCCCAAGUUUAUAGGUGUGUGUCCCGAUAUAGGGAAGCUCGAUCGGGGGAUACGCGGUGAAGGGGUACACUCCGGUGAAACGAAAGGAGCUAAACGCGUGGUAGAUGUAACCCACUUGGCGGACGCGCGCAAUGUAAUUGAUCUCGAAGGGGAGGGACGUCAUCCCCAUAUGGCAAAAAACCAAAAAGCGGUCAUUUCAUGGCAAUUUGAUGUAGACGCAUAUAACAGGAAAAAAUGGAAAAAGGAUUCACAUACGAUGAAGGAGGAAGAGAUCAAGAAAGAAAAACAACAAUAUGUGCAGAGGGAGGAUCCACACAGACGUGAUGAAGUGCUAGAAGGUCACUCGGAUGGAAGCGACUUGCCUUAUUUGACAGAUGACGACCUGUCCGACUUUUCCAAUGUCGAUGAGCUUUACGAAGCCUACCAGGUGACUCACAACUGUGAUGACCUGAUGAGCUUGCCAUCUGAUGACCCAAAUGAAAAGACAACCAUUUUGUGUCGAAACAUGGAGUUCCUGGAAACGAAUUCUUUCAUUGUCGAGUAUGAGGAUGGCAAAUUAAUUUUUUUUAUUAAUGAAAAGCCAUACCUUUUGGAGACCGACCAGGAGACCAAUUAUCUAAUCGAACUGUCCGAGAUGAGCAUCAUGCCUAUCCACUGCAUUCUGGAGAAAAAAAUUUUCCUCAAGUCGAUCACUCGGGAGGAACAGGGGGGUUCUCAGGGGAGUGCCUCGCCGGGGAUGGUCGACGUAUAUUACUCGCUGCACGGGUGA